AUGGGAACGUGGGAUGUCCGCAGCUCAUCGUCGAUCAUCGAUUGCAUCCAUGUUCAAAACUUCUGUUUCUCCGAUACAAGCAAAACAAACCAGCUUGUUUCUGCCGUGUUCUUCAAUGUAAUCUGGGCGGGUGGGUCGUUCAAUAUUCGUGGCAGUGAACUGUACGUCAAUGGAACUCGCAAUGAAGUUGGGCUCAAUGAAUCUCUGGUAUCUGACAAUGGCAAGUUUAAGGUUGCUUUUUGGAAUCGUGAUGGAUCAAACGACCAUUAUUUGACAAUGUUGUUUAACUUCAAUGUUAUGGACGCCGACACCAUAACGUGGGCUUUGCCGAAUGCAUGCCAUAAACGAUCCUGCAAGCUGAUCCUCCAUCGUAAAAGAGGGUUGGUCCUUCAUGGAAGCAACUGGGCCAGCGGAGCCAACGGAAAGCGUGCACAUGUGGCUAGAAUCACAGACGAUGGCAAUUUAAUUGUGCUUGACAGAAAUGGAGAUCACCUUUGGGAGUCCUUUGAUCAUCCUACACACACUCUUCUUGCAGGACAAAAGAUGAAAGUAAACCAAAGCCUCUUUGGAUGGCGUACGCCAGACUAUAAUACGAGUUUAAUGAAUCUUCGGAUGGAGAGACACCUUGGCAUUGCUCUGUAUUCAACUAGUGCAUAUAAUUAUAAUGAAUAUUCUUCGGGUAUAAAUGACUAUGCUUCGAGUUUGAGUUUGGGUAUGGGUUUUGCUUUCUUUUCAGUCAAACCAUCUAUGUGCGAUGAAUGCUUGUACGCUCAACUCGAUCAUGGUGGAAGGUUCAAUCUUGUUCUCGAUGGUCCUCAACCUCGGAUCCUUGCAUACUGGAACUCCCUUUAUUAUGCGAAUACAUCUUUUGUCCAUAAGGUGUCUUUGGACAUUUUUGGAAUUCCUGGUACGUACAGCUGGGAUGGGAACAGCUGGCACUCGUCUUGGGAUAACACCUUUACUCUCUAUCUCCAAGACUAUGUGGAUCCACCCUUGCCAGAUCCUCUCAAGCAAAGAAGAAAACCCAAAUGGGCUGAUUUCUUAUUAAUCUUGUUUCCUGUGGGAAUUAUUAUUAUACUGGGUGUUGGGUUGUUGAAGAUAUUUAAAAAGCAAGGGAAGUCCAUGUCCUCACCCUUUUCUGAAUAUACUAGUGGUCCUACAAGGUUCAGCUACAGGACUCUGAAAAGAGCAACUAGAAACUUCUCGGAAAAGCUCGGUGCAGGCGGCUCUAGUUGUGUUUAUAAAGGAAAGCUGAGAAACAAUACUCUUGUGGCUGUGAAGAUGUUGGACAGAUCAAAGAAGGGUGAAAAGGAAUUUGAAGCAGAAGUGAUGACGAUUGGUUCUAUUCACCAUGUAAACCUUGUAAGCCUCAUUGGCUUCUGUAGCGAGGGAAACCAUCGAAGACUAUUAGUAUAUGAGUACAUGGAGAAUGGGUCUCUAGACAAGCACCUCUUCAGCACUACAUAUGUCCUUCCAUGGCCUCUACGCUUCAACAUUGCUCUUGGCAUCGCAAGAGGAAUGAAUUACUGUCAUGACUACUGUCGAUCGUGUAUUGUGCACUGUGAUUUGAAGCCCCAAAAUGUCCUUCUCGAUGCCCACUUGGUUCCUAAAAUAUCAGACUUUGGGCUGGCAAAGCUCAUGUCGAGGGAACAAAACUGCACUCUUACAGUUUUAAGAGGAACGAGGGGCUAUCUGGCACCAGAAUGGAUUGCUGAUGUUCCCAUCACUGUGAAAGCAGAUGUGUAUAGCUAUGGCCAAAUGUUGUUGGAGCUCGUUAGUGGAAGAAAAAACUUCAUUCCCACUGCAAGCCCUAGAAAACAAUAUUAUCCUAGCUGGUCCUUCAAGGAGAUGCUGCAAGGAAAUAUUGAGAGUGUGUCAGAUCCUAGGCUUGGCAAUAAGGUUGAUCUUGAUCAAGUGGAAUUGCUGGUGAAGGUGGCAUUUCGGUGCAUUGAAGGAAACAGUUUCUCUAGACCUUCCAUGGAAGAAGUGGUACGAAUGAUAGAAGGGUCCAUGAAUGUAUCGAUGCCCUCAAAUGUCAAGGUAAAUCUUUUAUCAGAGAGUGAUGAUUCCGAGUGA